UUGUUCAUCUCUAUUUUUCACGCCAAAAAUGGCGAUAUAAGUGCGUACGCUUAUUAUUUUUUUGCUCGGCUUUGGUUUUAUUGUCAAUAUCAAAACAUUCGUAGAACUUAUUAUAUAAAGGACGCGCCAAAAGUGAUAUAAAAUUGAGUUUAGCAAAUUGGCGAAGAGAAAAAAUAUCGGCAAUGUGGAGUCAGUGGCCAGUUGCAACUGCAGUUGCGCCACCACAACCCUCGUUGCCACCCCCACUGCCUGAUGCACCGCCUCCGCCGCCACCAUCCGAUAAUGCAACCUCUGCCACAGCGAUUCCGGAUGCAGCCGCUGCUGCUGCUGCCGCCGCGAGUUACGCGGCUACCGCAACGGCAACAGCAGGCGCAGCUAAUCCUUAUAAUCAAUACACGGCGGCACAAUAUGCGGCCAUGACGCCGGAGCAGCAAUACGCCAUGCAACAACAUUGGCAGCAGUGGCAAACUUAUCAGCAGGAAUACGCCAAAUGGCAUGCUCAAUAUGGUGAACAAUACACUCGCGAAAUGGCCGCUGCUGGCGCAGGAGCAACAGCCGCCACGCCAGCAACUCCAGCUGCAGCACCAGUGGCAGCUGCACCAGCAAUUGGACCUGUUUAUCCACAAGUUGCUGCAGUGCAGUCAUAUUUUCCCCAAGCUCAGUCACAGCCGCCGCCGCCGACAGCAGUUGCGGGCCCACCUCAACCAACCCAGGCCCAGUUGUCGGGCAAAAUUAGUGCGCAACCGCAGAUGUAUAAUCAGCCGCCGCCACCGCCUCCCCAAGGCUACCAACAACAACAACAAACAGCUCCAUCACAACCACAGCAGCCACAACAACAGCAGCAACGUCCGCCGUGGCAACAACAACCGCCGCCGGGUCGCUACAAUCAAAUGCCGCCAGUUAACUACAAUGCGAACGAUGUGAAUGCAUUUCCCAAUUUGCAGCAGCCACCACCAUCGUUUAUGCAACAUCCGCCGCCGCCAACAAAUUCAGCAGAUGCCUCUUGGAUGGGAAAGGGUGCAGCUUCCAACAAGGGUGGCAACAACAAUAGCAAAAACGAUGAGAGCGAUCACCGUUCGCGCUGGGAUGGACCGACGUCCAACGAACAGCAAGGACAGCAACGUAAUAAUCGCUGGCAAUCCAAUGACCAGGGACAACACAACAACAGCAAUAAUAACAAUAAUAAUAACAAUGGUGGAAAUAAGUCAAAUCAAUUUGGCAAUCGACGCAACUGGCAGAACAAUUCAGGCGGCAAUAACAGCGGCAAUAACAACAGCAAUAACAAUAACAACAAUAGUCGCAAUCCAAAUAAUCCGUUUAGCUCAGCACCGCAGGGCAACUAUAAUGCUGAUAAUGAUGGCGGCAACUUUGGUGGCCAAGGAUCGUCUGAUGGUUUUGGUGGCUCUGGAAAUCGUCGCGGUGGCAACAACAACAACAAUCACGGACGGUUUGAUCGUCAGCAUCAAGGCGGUGGCAAUUUUGGACAUAACAACAACAACAGUGACAACGGUUCCAAUCGCGGUCCCAAUCUGAAUAACUCUUUCAAUCAACCGCAGCAGCAACAACAACAACAGCAACAGCGUGCACCAGAUUUGGAUGAGGCAACGUUCGAUCGCUUGUUCCAACAGUGGCAGAAGCAAUUCGAAGAUUGGAAGCGCGCCAAUGCCAAUCAUCCGGAUCGUGCCGAGUAUCGUCGCUACGAGGAGGAAUUCGAGAAGCAGCGUCGUCGCAUCGCCGAGCGUCGGGAGCAAAUGCGACUCAGACGCCAAAUGCAGCAGUCGCAACAGUCCAAUAAUAAUCAAGAUCAUCAAGGCAUACAACAGCAGCAACAGCCACAGCAACAACAACAGCAACAGAAGCCGCGUAGAUCACAUUUCGAUUUGCCCGACGACGAUGGCAGUUAUGCGCAUAUGCCUAGUAGUCGACUUUAUAGAAAUGAACCAGCCGGUCUGGACUCAGCAUCGGACUUGGAGCCACCACAUAUGCUGAGCAAGAGUAUGGAGCAAACAGGAGCUAAAGAGCAGCAGCCACAAGUUGCUACAACGAAAUCACCAAAAUCUUCAGCACCACAGCAGCAGCCACCAUCUGAGAUUAAUAAGAGCACAGCUAAUUUGCUGGGCAAGCGGAGAACGGACAGUGGUAGCAACAGCAGCGCAGCCAAGCAAUCGAAACAGGAGAAUAUUUUAAUCAUAUCGUUGGACGACGACGAUGAUGAUGCCCAAUUUGUUGAGGAGCAGCAGCAGGUAGACCAAGAGGAUGGCGUCUCGACGGCUGAUACGCCUAUGAAGAAUAUAUUCAAGAAAUCAGAUGGCAUACCAGGCUUAGAUUUAGUUGCUGAUGGUUCCACUGCAGCCGGUUCGCCAGCAUCUGUCAAAGCAGCGGUAGCUGCUGCAGCAGCAGCAGACUCUUCUGGCGAGGUCAACAAGAAAAUACCAUCGCUAUUUGAUGUUGUGAUUGCUAAGCCCAAUAUCUCGCCACCAUCGCGCACUGUCUCCGAAUCCGAGGAGACGUCCGAAGCACAGCCUACGGCCAGCGAAACGAUGGCAGAUGAUGUGAGCAAUGCCCUCAAGGAUCCGGAAUUUAUGAAUAACUUGUCGCAGGCGUUGGCCAACGCGCAGGAUCGUCAACGCGAGCAGCAGCAAUCCAACGAUCAAGAUGAUAAUGCACCUGGACCCAACAACAACAGCAAUAGCAGUAGGAACAACAACAAUAAUAAUAGUAACAACAAUAACAACAACAAUAGUAACAAUGACGGCAAUAACGAUGGACGUCAGUUGUCGUUUGCCGAAUGGCAACGCAAGAAGAAUCAUCAGGACGAUGAUAACGAUCGAAAUAUGGGCAACUUUGGACCAGGUCCAGGCGGCAACAACGGGCCGGGCAAUCGCGGUGGCUUCGGACCAGGAGGUUUUGGCCCCGACCAACGGCAAAACUGUGGCCCCAACUUUGGUCCCAACGGACCUCCAUUUGGACCCAAUGGCUCACAGCUGAUGGGACCGAACUUUAUUGAUUUCGGCGGACCCAAUUUCUCUGGACCCAAUUUCGAUCGACACGGACCCGGACCUGGACCCGGACCAUUUGGUCCCGGGGGUCCGGGUGGGCCUAAUGGACCGUUUGGACGCAACUUUGGUCCCAAUGGACGCAACAACAAUCCGAACUUUUCGGGUCCUGGCCCCAAUUUCGGACCGAAUUUCCGCGGCAACAAUGGACCUGGUCCGGGACCGUUUCGACCCAAUUUCUUUGGUCCGAAUGGUCCGGGGCCUGGUCCAAAUUUUGGUGGCCCUGCUCCCGGUCCAUUUGGCAGGCAUGGAGGCAUGCCGUUUGAUCGCAACAAUCCAAACGAUGGCAACUUUGGCCCAGGACCCAAUUUCAAUGGACCAAACAAUAACAACAACAAUGGACCCAACAACAACAACUCGUUUAAUGAUAAUCCAUUCAGACGCAAUGGCGGACCACCUGCACCCAACUUUGAUGAUGGUCCAAUGGGUCGCAAUGGUCCCGGCUUUGGACCACGCGGUGGCGGUGGACAGCGAAACAGUUUUGCCAACAACGGAGGAAGCGGUGACAACAACAAGCCAUGGACUAAUGGCGCGGAAUCAUUCAACAACAACAACAACAACAACAAUAGAAACAACGGCAACAGCAACAACAACGAGCCCAUCUACCGUCCCAUGAAAGUGUUUGACUAUCAGAAUGUGAGCAACACCGCCGCCAAGGUGAUUGACUAUGGUCACAAAUCAGCCGAUGCAGCCGGGAUUCGAAUGUCAACUGGAUCAGGUGCUGGUGGAACUGUUGGUGGCCCGGUGGCAACAUCCGACUCAGCUGCCGCUGGGAUACCGGACUUUAGGCCUGUGAAUACCUUUGACUAUGGACAUGCCUCGGCAUCGGUGGGACAACAAGGAGUAGGAGCUGGAGCGCUCAAUCGGAAUGUCAACAUGAAUAGUAACAAGAAGAAAAACAAAAAGAAGAAUAAGAAUCGUCAGCGAAUGUUGCAGCAACAGCAGCAGCAACAGCUGCAACAACAGCCGAAUGAACAAAAAGAUGAGUCAAUUGAUGCUGAGCCCAAGGCUGGAAACGUUGUUGCCGGACAGAGCAACAAACCCGAUGAUCUCGAGGAUAUUUCCGAUGGAGAAGACAAUCUGGUCGAUGAAACUCCACCACCGCCGCCAAAAUUCACCAAGCCGCCGCAACAGCAGCAGCCACAGCAGUCACAGCAGCCACCGCCGUCGACACGCAAAGCAUUCCCAGCAAAUCCUCAACGACGCAUGCUAAGUGAGCCGCCCACAGCGCUGUUUCCCUCAACAGCGGCAGCCAAUCAACAGAUACCCGAACAUGUGGACACAAGUCGACUGGAGAUCAGUAUGCCCACCAAUGAGAAUCGCAAUACCAUCUCGAUCGAUGAGGUACUGCUGCCACCCGGUCGCUUAACGCGUCCCAAGCGCAUCUGUAUUAUACUGAGAGGUCCGCCGGGCAGCGGUAAAUCGUAUGUGGCACGUCUGAUUAAGGAUAAAGAGCUGGAAAUGGGCGGCGCCAGUGCGCGUAUACUAAGCGUUGAUGAUUAUUUCAUAAUCGAGAAUGACUACGAGGAGAAGUGUCCUAAGACUGGCAAAAAGAUACCGAAGAAGGAAAUACUGUAUGAGUACGAUGAGGCCAUGGAAGAGACGUAUAUGCAAUAUUUGAUCAAAUCGUUCAAGAAGACCCUAAGUGAUAACCUAUACGAUUUAAUAAUUGUCGACUGCAACAACAACUCGCUGCGGACACUCAAUGAAUUCUAUUGCCAUGCCAAAGACUCAAAUUUCGUGCCGUACAUCAUUGAUUUGCACUGCGAUGUGGAGACCUGCCUGGGUCGCAAUAUUCACAGCCGCAGCGAAAAGGACAUACGCGAGGUGCUCGACAAUUGGUGCACGACGCCGUUGCACUACAUCAAGCUGGAUGUAUCGUCGCUGCUGGAGAAUGUCGUUGAAAUGGAAGAUGUUGAGAACAUGGCAACGGAUGAUAAUACCAACAGCGAGGAGGCUGCUGCCGGUGCCGCUGCCGAGGAUGCGCCUGCUGCCGUUGUCAUCGAUGAGGACAGCAACAGUGCCGAUGCUGCCAACGAUUGCGGCUUUCUGAAAAGCAAGUGGGAAAGUGACACCACCGAGGAAAAUCUGGCUCGUCUCGACGGCACCAACCGAUUGAAACAGAAUCGCAAGACGGCAAGCAUGGCCGAAUUCUUGCAGCUGGAUGAUUGGGAGCCACCGAAAAGCGGAGCUGAUGGCAAGAAACGCGUUCGUUGGGCGGACAUCGAGGAGAAGCGUGCGCAGCAAAAGAUGCGUGCAAUUGGUUUUGUGGUUGGACAAACCGAUUGGAAACGCAUGAUGGAUCCAAAUGCCGGCAAUCGAGCGCUCAACAAAACCAAGUACAUUGAGCGCGUUAACAAACGACGCUGAUGAUCGAUCCAAAUGGCAAUUUGCAAUUGGCAAUUGGCAAUUAACAAACACAAUCCCAAUCAUCACAAACACAAACACAAACGCACACACACACCACAACUACCAAAACCCAUUGAAGUCUAAUUGUAUGUGCUCGGAAAUACAACUACCGAACAGCUCCUACUAUUUUAAUAGUUAAUAACAUGCACACAAUCCCUGUUUGUGUUGACCAUCAAAAUGUUUGCAUGCAUUUAAUGUGCGGCCAUUUUGCCAUUGGCGUGCAACAAAAAAAGAAAAGUUGUGUUUGUGAAAAGCAAACACAAUGAGCAGCAACCCAAUUAUACUAUAUGUAAAUUCCAACACAUUUUGUGCUCAAUUUCCAAAACAAAAUGCAUGAACUGUAUGUAUGUAUGUAUUAUUAUUAUUUGUACUAAUUUAAUUAUUACAUAACAUAGAUAACAUUUAUUAUUUUUUUUGUAUGCAUUUACAAGCAAACCAGCAGUCACAUCGUUAUCAUAUACAAUUUUUUAUUUUGUUUAACAAAUUGAAUGAAUUUCAUUUUAAUCCACAAAAAAAAAAGAACAAAUAUCGAAAUGCAUUCAUUCAUCAUGUUUGCAGAGAAAGCCGCAAAUUAAAAGAAUUUUUGUACACAAAACACACACACACACACAACACUAGCAAAUAUUUACAUAAUUAAAUACAUAUACAACAAUAUAAUAUAUGAAACUGAAUAUGUACAAGAAUCAAUUACGUAUUUUAAUGUGGAGAACUAGCGAGUUAUAUUUUA